AUGCCUGUUUUAGAUCCUUCAAGUGUCUUGCCUAAGAGGUUGGAUCUGUUCUACGGCGGAACGUGGCAUCCAGUCCAAGAUGGAGAAUAUCGACCCGUCUUCAGUCCGGGGAACGGCCGUUCGAUCGCCAGUGUGGCCUUCGCAGGCCGUCAAGACACUAUAGCGGCCAUCGAGGCCGCUCACGCCGCCUUCCCCAAGUGGCGAGCUGUUCCAGCCCUUGAAAGAGGUAGAAUUCUGCGCAAGGUGGCUCAGAAGGUCCGUGAUAAUGCCAGCGAUCUGGCUCUGCUAGACGCCUUCAACUCGGGCAAUCCCGUCUCCAUCAUGACACAAGAUGCCCAUUCGGCCGCCGACCACAUUGACUUCUUCGCGGGCCUGAUCCCCGCCGUUCAGGGGGAGACGACGCAUCUAGAUGAUUCGGCGCUCAACUACACGGUUCGGGAGCCACUCGGUGUCGUGGCCCGUAUCAUCGCCUCCAACCACCCGCUCAUGUUUGCCGCUAUUCGCCUUGCAGCUCCGCUGGCCAUGGGCAACACGGUUGUCCUCAAGACCCCGGAGCAAGCUCCCCUUUCGGCCCUUCGCCUAGCGGAGAUAAUCGGCGACGAGUUCCCGCCUGGCGUUCUCAAUAUCCUGUCCGGCGGCGUGGAGUGUGGGCAGGUUCUCUCAACCCACCCACUCGUCAGCAAAGUCACCCUGACCGGGAGUGUCCCCACGGGCAAGGCGAUCCAGAAGGCAGCCGCCGACAGCUUGAAGCUGACAACAUUCGAGCUCGGUGGCAAGAAUGCUCUGAUCGCCUUCCCCGACGCGGAUCUCGAUGCCCUGGUAGAUGGCAUUGUGGGAGGCAUGAACUGGGGCUGGUGCGGACAGUCAUGCGGGUCGACCUCGAGGGUCUUCCUGCACGAAUCGAUCCACGACAAAGUCCUGCCCGUCGUGGCGGAGAGAGUAGCCAAGUUGUUUAGGCCCGGCAACCCCGUCGACACCGACACGACCAUGGGCGCCCUCGUCAGCAAGGCGGGCCAGCAGCGGGUUCUAGGCUACGUCGACAUUGCUCUGAAAGAAGGCGCUCGGCUGGUGAUGGGCGGCAAAAUCCCCACCACGCCCGACACUGAAGGAGGCUUCUUUGUGGAACCGACUAUAGUGGCAAAUGUGAAGCAGAGCAUGCGCAUCGCCAACGAGGAAGUGUUUGGCCCCAUCAUGUCCGUUCUGUCGUGGUCCGACGAGGAGGCACUCAUCAGGGACGUCAACGCGGUGGACUACGGCUUGACUGGAUCAGUGUUCACCUCAGAUAUUAAAACGAUGCAGAGAGCCGUGAGGCAAAUCCAGGCCGGCACAGUUUGGGUCAACACAACCAGCAAGCACUACUUUGGAAUGCCAUAUGGAGGAUAUAAGCAGUCCGGUAUCGGGAGGGAGGAUUGCUUCGAGGAAAUGCGGGAGAUGACCCAGACGAAGGCUGUGCACGUCAAGCUUUAG